UAUUUUUAAGCGCGUGGUUAGCAUUAGAAUGGAUCGUUAAAACAAUUAAACCCUUGAAUCGGUAAAAAACCAAUAAACCUCCCACUUAAAUUAACUAUAUUACAAUAAAAUUUGCAUUUAAAAUAAUUUGUAAAUUUUAAUUCGAAACAAAAGUAAAACAAAAGAUUAUAUACAACUGUGUUUAUGUAUCUUUUGAUGUAGAUUUCGUUAUAUUGAUUCAAUAUUCCUAUUCUGCGAGUCACCGAAGUUUGUUAUAAGCCAAUAUUAAGCAACAGCAGAUCUCAUAAAUCGUUUACGCGGAAAACAUGUCAAAAAGUCUAGUAAGCAUGUUCUUAGAGUGCUGUGAAUCGGAUGAGGACAAGGAACACAAGCUUAUGAACAAGUUAAUAGACCUCGAAAUACGCAAGGAAAGGAAGAAGUCGAAAUUCGAGUUUAAGCUGUUGCUGUUGGGAACCGGCGAGUCUGGAAAGUCAACAUUCAUCAAACAGAUGAGAAUUAUCCAUGACAAUGGCUUCUCGGAGACAGAAAAGCAAAAGUACAUCAAACUGGUUUUCCAAAACGUAUUCAUGGCCAUGCAGUCAAUCAUCAAGGCCAUGGAAAGGCUGAAUAUUUCCUAUGGUCAGGAGGAGCAUAGAGAACUUGCCGAUCUGGUGAUGAGCAUCGAUUACGAAGAUGUCACCGUUUUAGAGGAUCCAUACUUAAAUGCCAUUAAAACGCUUUGGAACGAUGAUGGUAUCCAGGAAUGUUACGUUCGUCGUAGAGAAUAUCAGCUAACUGACUCAGCAAAAUAUUUCCUGAGCGACAUAGCUCGAAUUGAACAGGCUGAGUAUUUGCCAACCGACCAGGAUAUUCUCCGUGUUCGAGUUGCCACAACCGACAUUCAUGAGUAUCCGUUUAACUUGGAUGGCCUUCAGAUAAGUAUGGUGGAUGUCGCAGGUCAGCGGUCAGAGAGAAGAAAAUGGAUUCACUGUUUUUCGAAUGUGACAGCAAUUAUAUUUUUAGCAGCCCUAUCGGAAUACGAUCAAGUCUUGUUUGAAUCUGAAAAUGUUAAUCGAAUGGAGGAAUCUAAGUAUUUAUUUCAGACUAUAAUUCACUACGAAUGGUUUCAAGAUAAAUCAGUUAUUCUUUUCCUUAAUAAAAAUGACUUGUUAGAAGAGAAAAUAAAGAAUUCACAUUUGGUAGACUAUUUUCCUGAAUACGAUGGUCCAAAGGGAGAUGCUAUUGCAGCCCGAGAAUUCAUAUUAAAAAUGUAUAGUGAUUUAACGCGGAGACCCAAAAAAUCGAAUCAACCAGAUAUAAACAUUUACUCACAUUUUACCGUUGCUACAAAUACCGAAAAUAUUAGGUUUGUGUUUGCAGCCGUUAAGGACACAAUUCAGGAAGCAUACUUAAAGAUUUUUAACAUGGAAUAACCUGGAAACUAUACUCAAUGCCUAAACGACUAGUUCGUUGCAUCGCCGUUGUAUUUAAGUCCCAAAUGAUUAUUUUGUAAGAAAAAUCAAAAAAAAAAAGUAAAGUAUUACUGUUGGUUGUCGGUUUCACCUGAAAUCUUAUUGUCCUCAGAUACAUUUUUACAAUUAAACUUUUAUUUGCAAUUGUCGUACAAAUCAUAUUA